UCUCUCUGUAGUUUAUUAAAUGUGUUUUUCUUGAAAGUAGAAGAGGGGGGUCCUGGUCCUCUCUCUAUCUGUAUCUUAUUGUCUGUACUAACAAGGGUCAGUCGUCAAGAUACUCUCCUUCACACUUUGAUACUCUCCUUUUCCUUUAGCUUGAAAAAAGACCAAAAAAGUGCUUCUCUGUAGAGAAGAUGAGUGCUUCAAAGUUCAUAAAAUGUGUAACAGUAGGUGAUGGUGCUGUUGGCAAGACCUGCAUGCUCAUUUGUUACACUAGUAACAAGUUCCCCACUGACUAUAUUCCAACUGUGUUUGACAAUUUCAGUGCUAAUGUGGCUGUGGAUGGGAGCAUUGUCAAUUUGGGGUUGUGGGAUACUGCAGGUCAAGAAGAUUAUAGCAGGCUGAGACCAUUAAGCUAUAGGGGUGCAGACAUCUUUGUGCUAGCUUUCUCUUUAAUCAGCCGAGCCAGCUACGAAAAUGUUCUAAAAAAGUGGAUGCCUGAACUUCGUCGUUUCGCACCCAAUGUUCCAAUUGUGCUCGUUGGGACAAAAUUAGAUCUUCGAGAAGAUAAUCGGUAUCUAGCAGAUCAUAUGGGCUCAAACAUUAUAACACCUGCUAUGGGUGAAGAGCUAAGGAAACAAAUUGGUGCAGCAGCUUAUAUAGAGUGCAGCUCUAAAACACAACAGAAUGUGAAAGCUGUUUUUGACACUGCAAUCAAGGUUGUGCUUCAACCUCCUAGGAGGAAGGAGGUGGCGAGGAAGAAAAGGCGCAGAAGCACUGGCUGCUCAAUUGUCAGGGGGAUCGUGUGUGGAGGCUGUGUCGCUUAGGAAAGUUUAGGUCUGACGCUCGUCAUAUAUAUCCUUUCCAACAACUACUGACUCGAGUGCUUGCCCGUUGUUUUUCCGUGGUUCUAAGCGAAGGCCGGAGAUUAUGAUAUGGCUGAAGAAUAUAGUAUUGUAUUAUCUGUUUUGUACCAACUAGUCGUGGAUAAGCAGAGGGAAUUGUUGAUUCCUCAGGUCAUGGUUUUUGAAUAUGUGCUUCUCGUGGAUACAUUGUGCCUGCUUUUACUAAUGGUUAGAUCAAGAUGACUGUCAAUUGGUAAAAGGAAUAUCUUCUUUGUGAGGAUCA